AUGCGCGGGUCGCUGAAACCGUCGUUGAAGGGAUCGUCCAGAAGGUCGUCGCUGUCGUCGACCGGGUCCACGGACUCAAGUUCGUCGAGCUCAAAGUUCGUGAGGUUUGCUUCCGAAUUGACCACGGUCAAGAGCUUCCACUCUACAGAUAAACCAAUCACCAUAUCCGCUGAAAAUUCUCCUGAUUUAUCCUUCGUGAAUGACACGACGCCUUUGACAGGUGGUGGUGGUGGUGGCUACGAGGGGGACGUUUGGUUCAACGAUUUGGAGAGUUUCCCCCUGUUCGUUAGAGGUAACUCGUUCCAACUGGAUUACGACUCUGACAGUGAUAACGAUAACGAUAGCUACAGCUACGGUAGUGGCUCGGCGUCCAGGAGCAUUCGUAAAGUUACCUCGCCUGUCCCCUGCGAGGAUGAUACAGUGUUUGAUGUGGUCGAGUGGGAUUUCGUGAAGUCGAAUUUGGAACCGCCAACCGCUGAACAAACGCGGGGGGAAAACGAUAUAUUCAGCUAUAUGAACGGCCAGAAUAUAAAAUUGCACUCGCUACGGCCGCUGGACGGUGGGAAGACGAAACUGGAAGGGUUGAUAUACGUUAACAACUUAAACUUCGAGAAGUUCAUAGAGAUUAAAUUCACUUUCAACGAUUGGUUGGAUAUCCACUACGUCACCGCCACUUACAACAGAUCCAUCACUGGAAGGUUGGACGAGUUCAAAUUCGUGGUUAACUUGGACGCUAUGCGGUACUUCCUGAAAUUCAAAAAAUUGCUGUACUGUAAAGAUGGGGAAUCCCUAUGUCCACUGUCUUUGAAACUGUGUUGUCGGUAUGACGUUAAUUACGAGACUUACUACGAUAACAACAACUACCAGAACUACGAGUUUAACUUCCUCGUCAGAACAGUCAAUGAACUUUACCUCUCAACGCACUCACAACAGCGGAUCAACAGUAGCAUAUCCAAGAGGGAAACACCUGAAAGUACUACCUCUAAAACUAAUAACAAUAAUACGAAUUGUAUUCGCAAAUCCUCCUUCUACUCGGAUUUCUUGGUGUCCACCACGUUAUCCCAUAAACUUCCCUUCGACGACACGCUCCGCGAUGGAGAUGGCCGUAUUCCUCGGCCCUCCGUCUCUCGUAGUUUCAGCGACGACACAGACUACUACAACACAUCACCACUAAAGCACCUGUACCACAACGACACGACGCUGAUCAAACCAACGAGCUUGAACUCGGUCCUGCUAUCCCUGGACACGGGGACGAGCAUGGAGACCGCAGUGGACGCCAACAACAACAGGUCCGAAAGAGAAGCAGAGAAAUUCAUGGAGCGCAUGCCGGAUGGGGCAGGGUUGGACGACCCGCCUAUCUACACUACCCCGUCUCUUUGCUCAUCCUUAUCCUCGUCCCUAAGUGAUCUAUCACCUCUACAAGAUUUCAACGAAUCACUCAUGGACGGGAAAGAUGACGUGUUCUACUAUAACGACAACGACAACGAAACUUUACUACUAGACCCGUACGAUCUCCCAGGUAAGGACGAGUUUUUCGAUGAUCAGAAAAGCGUCGCCACGGAGACACCACUGAUGUACAGUAACGAGACAGAGGACACCGCUUACCACGAAAAUGGACACAAGACCGUCACCAUGAGAACCAUGGACAACGGGAAUUACACGGCCGGUGGCACCCCAGCGAGGGAGGUGUCCCGCAGCAACAACUCAAACGAUACCCUCAUAAACACAAGGCAGCUACUGGAUGACGAAGCGGAGUCGAUCUCGUCGUCCUCGAAAUCGCAGAGCUCCUCCUCCUCAUCGAUGGAUAACAAAGAGGCCGGGGGUCGCGACGGAUCAGCGACAACACCGUGA